GUAACUUAUGGGUGUAGCGAUAUCCCAGUGUAUUUUGUGAAGUUGACUUUCCUGCUUAUUCGUUAGCCGGCAAACAUCAUCCGUGACGUUUAUAACCAUGUUUACCAACGUCUCUGCUGUCUAUUUUAAUGAAAGCGAAGAAAUAAUUAACGGAACGUUCAAUAAUAAACUGUCUUACAGAGGAUGGACAUUUUCAGCGAUCAUGCGCACAACCAUGUGCAUCGUGCAGAUUAUCCUCAAUCUCGCCAUGUCCACCAUGAUAUUCUCCCGGAAAAGCCUUCGCACGUCCUUUACAGUAUACGUCGUCUUCCUUCUGUCCUCCAACUUGCUGGUAGCGAUUAUGCAAUAUCCUCUGGAAAUUCAGCGAAUUCUCUACAGGAAAUGGUCCCUGUCAGAAGCGUCGUGCACGUUAUACCUGUACAAUAUUUGGGUGCUGUUAGCCUUACCGAUCCACUCUCAUUUACUGCUGACGAUUAAUCGGCUGUGGGCGUUGACCUUUCCGCUAUCUUACAAAAACCAUCAUUCGAAACGUGUGGCUGGGAUUCUCUGUGGAGUAACGCUGCUGUAUAUUCACGUGUUUUUUCUCCCGUUGGUUAUUAUUGAUCGAGGAUUCUACCGGGCGUCGAGCCGAACGUACGGAUGUACCACAAAUUACGCCAUGCCGAUGGUAAAUAAGUACGCCAUCGCGGUGCAGAUGGUCGGAUGCAAUAUUCCGUUGUUAUUUAUCGUUGUUGUGUUCCCGUAUUUGGCUGUCAUGGAGCGGCAGAGGAAGAGAACUGUCGGGCUGGCGCAAACAGCCACUCCAUACAACUUGGGAAUUAUGGGGUUUUUUGCUAAUGCCAUAGCUCAGCCCAAUCACAGUCAUAGUUCUCCCAAUAAGGCGCGCGCCGCAACCGUACGCCGGAAUAACCGCUUAUCAAAUCGACCUUUUGCGCUGCUGACGCUGCUAACCAUUAGCAUCACCAUCUGCUGGACGCCGAUCUUCACGUACUGGACGACUGUCCUCUUCGUUCCCCUGGGAUCGGAUUACAGUGGAUUCCGCAAUUUUGCCAGUGCCCUAGUGACACUGCAGCCGGCACUGGACCCGAUCUUGUUUGGACUAAGUCUACGCAACGUCCGCAAGGUCUUCGUACAACAGAUUACAUGUCGAUGAAAUCCAGGAAUUUAUAAUUUAGGCUAAGGCUCAAUAAAGUCACCAAAUGCACAAUGCGGCCGAAUAAUCCUCUGGUGUGUAAGGCUUUUUUUUAUGUGUUUUAGCUUUUAUCUGUCGGUUGCCUUAAGAGUAAGGUUAGACAGCUUGUACAGAUACCGACGUACCGUCAUUUUACUAAACGAAUAAUUGCUAAUUUCUUGUUUCGUCAAAACAACACCACAAUUUUUAAUGAAGAUCCAU